AUGUCGAGUUCCAACGACGCGACCUCGCAGUCUCCAGCUGCUAACAGAGUCCUACAAGAGCUCGGCCUUGUGUCUCUGUACCAUUCCACCCGUGACAUCAAGAUCCUCUGCGCGCAAAGGUUCAUUCGCCUCUUCGCCUAUGGCGCAUCUACUCUCGUUCUCGUCGCAUUCCUGCGGGAACUCGGUGUUUCCACUACCCGUGUCGGGUUAUUCAUGACUCUGACAUUGGCUGGCGAUAUCAUCAUCAGCUUUAUACUUGCCUUGUUCGCUGAUGGCGUUGGCAGAAGGGCUGUUUUGGCUUUGGGCGCUGUCUUGAUGACUGCUAGUGGAAUUGUGUUUGCGACAUCAAACAACUACUGGGUUUUACUAGCUGCUGCUAUUCUGGGCGUCAUUAGUCCUGGCGGUAAUGAGAUCGGUCCCUUCCGUGGUAUCGAAGAGAGCAUCGUCGCACAUCUCACAGAUCCAGCCAAGCGAGGCGACGUCUAUGCCUGGUACAGUCUAUGCGGUACUGCCGGCGGUGCGUUUGGACUCUUGACUUGCGGUUGGCUUAUUCACCACAUGCGCAUCAACCUUGGCAUGGAUGUCAUCAAUGUAUACCGCAACGUCUUCUACGGAUAUUCUGCUAUUGGCGUGUUAAAACUCAUCUCAGCUCUUGUCUUGAGUGCUGCAGUAGAGGUGCACGACGAACCAGCAUCCGAUACAGACACCAAUGAACAAGCACCUCUUCUCACGCAACCUAACCAAGCUCAAACACCAAUUCAAGCACCACCGAAGAAACAGCUGCGAGCCAAGGUAUCUCGCGAGAGUGUCCCGAUUGUUGUGAGCCUCUGUGCGCUCUUCGCUCUUGAUAGCUUUGCUUCGGGUCUUGCUCCUCUUUCAUGGAUCACCUUUUACUUCAAGUCACAGUAUCAUAUCGAAGAGGGCAAGCUAGGAUCAAUAUUCUUCACCACCAGUAUCAUCGCUGCUGGCUCCGUUCUAGUAGCAUCAUCCCUUGCCAAGCGAUUUGGCAACGUCAAAACUAUGGUUUUUACUCAUAUUCCUUCGUCAAUUUUCCUAGCCCUCAUUCCCAUCCCUAAUGAGGUACACAUAUCAGUCCUUUUCCUGAUUCUCCGCUCUUGCACACAAUCCAUGGACAUCGCACCGCGAUCAGCCUUUCUUGCCGCCAUUAUUCAGCCUAACGAAAGAACCGUUGUCAUUGGCCUCAUCAACGUAGCCAAGACCACUGCUCAGAGUCUGGGCCCGCUGAUUACUGGACUACUGGCAGAUUCCGAUUACUUCUGGGUAGCAUUCAUCAUGGCUGGAUCGUUGAAGGUGUGUUAUGAUCUGGGAUUCCUCGGUCUCUUUAAACAUCGUGAACAUGCGACAGCGGCGGCACAAGGUAACCAACAAGAAUAA